AUGGUUAUUGGUGACGAGCUUAUUUGUAUCAUGUUUCCGAUAACCCGACCAAUCAAUAGACCUGCAAAUAUUUCUUCUUCUUCUUCUUCUUCUUCUUCUUCUUUCUCUUUCUCUGUCUCAGAUUCCUUUACUAAAAGCAAAGGAAGGCUGAUCUGCAAGGAGUCUAACACGAUCAAAGACGGCCUUCAAGCUACUCACAUUGUAGAUGCUACAAAAGAGCAAGAAGAUCCUGAGUUGGAACAUAACAGUAAAGCUAGCUGUUCUGAGUAUGUAGCAACAAUUCAAGACAUUUUUUACGCAAAGCUGAAAAGAAUAUACUGGAAGUCUAAUCCUGACUACCAUGCCUCUGCCCUAAAGACAACAAAAACAACUAGAAAGAUGAAUUUCCACAGGGAACUCUGCUGUAGCCAGUCGCGUGGCCUUCAAAAAUUGUUGGUUUUCUUGCAUCUGGAUGAUAAACAAUAAUACUUUUUUUUUUCUUCUAGAUACAAUUUUGAAGUCUUAUAAUCUUUAGAAAUAAACCUUGAACCUUUCUUUUAACACUCUUUUCAUUACGAUAUCUCAAAUAGGCAUAUAGAACAUCGGUCUCUUUGCCAAAGAUUCUAAAAAUCUCUUGGCUUUGUUUCAGUAGCUCUUUGGUUGCUGGUGUAACAGUAGGUCUAUUUUUUUUUCUUGGGGUAGAAUGGUGUCGGCGGGGAAGGAGAAGGGUGGGUACGAAUUGAAUAAAUCUUGAACGGAGUCAAUAUUUGAAGAAACCAAGAAAGUCCUUUGAUAUAGCGUUCAUGGUUCUCGAGGAUACCACCAUACUUAUAUUAGUACAUCGAUUGGUUAUCGUCUUUACCGCGACUGCAAUGUCCUUUUCACUUUACCUUCCAAGGCUGAAAUUCUUUAUAUAUGAAGAAACAUACCCAAUUUGUAUCC